AGAGCAGACUGAGCAGCCAGCAGAGAACAGUUAAGGUAGAGGUCCCCAGAACCGCACAGCGCCAGGUCUCCUCCCAAGAUGUUCCACCAAGUCUGGGCAGCGCUGCUCUAUCUCUACGGCCUUCUCUUUAACUCCAUGAAUCAGUGCCCUGAGCACAGUCAACUAAUGACGCUGGGAAUGGACGACAAAGAGACCCCAGAGCCCCACCUGGGCCUGUGGUACUUUAUCGCUGGAGCGGCUCCCACCAUGGAAGAGUUGGCAACUUUUGACCAGGUGGACAAUAUUGUCUUCAACAUGGCCGCCGGCUCUGCCCCAAGGCAGCUCCAGCUUCGCGCUACCAUUCGCACGAAAAACGGGGUCUGCGUGCCCCGGAAAUGGACGUACCACUUGACUGAAGGGAAAGGAAACACGGAACUCAGAACUGAAGGGCGCCCAGACAUGAAAACAGACCUCUUCUCCAUCUCAUGCCCAGGAGGAAUCAUGCUGAAAGAGACGGGGCAGGGGUACCAGCGUUUCCUCCUCUACAACCGAUCGCCACACCCUCCAGAGGAGUGUGUGGAGGAAUUCCAGUCUCUGACGUCCUGCUUGGACUUCAAAGCCUUUUUAGUGACUCCCAGGAAUCAAGAGGCCUGCCCACUGUCCAGCAAGUGACCCGUGACUCCACUUGUGUCCUGGACAGGCACGAUAGGAGCUGAGCUCUGAGGGGAGAAGCCGGCGGCUCCCGCUCCUUCUCAUGGAUAAUAAAGAUGAAUUGUCAAUCC